CAACUUAUUACAAAUAAAAAUCAUUAUAAAAGUACACCCAAUUGCUAGUUUUUUUUAGUAACCAAAACUUGGCUGGCUUUCUUGUUAAAAGCUUAAGGUUAUAAUUAAUAGGUGAUGGUUAGUAGGUCUAAAAGAGAGAUAAGAGAGCUGUGUAGUUGGGAGCUCAUUCAAUGAAAACUAAUGUCAUUUAGUGAAUGAUAGCCGGUGAUCACGUUGCUGUCAUAUUCAGGCCUCUUAAAUGGGUCCCCUAACCUCAUCAUGUGAAGAGCUUAAGUCAGAGUCGGUGUGUGAGUGAGUCUGAGACUUCUCAAAUAAUCAAAAUAUAUCACCACUAUAUAACAAGGUUUCAAGCACUCCAUUCUCUUGUGCCUUAACCUUAAUAUUUUAUAACAACAAGGAGUGAGUUUUCUCUUCUACACUCUCUCUAUUGGUAUUAUAUUCUUUACAAUUCCCAAUGCGGAUUUUAGCACUGUUGUGCUUUUGGGUGUCUUUGGCUUUGGUAGUUAGCUUUUGCUACGGUGAUGAUGACAAGACAGUUGAGGUAGUUGGGAUUGGAGAAUGUGCCGACUGCUCUCAGCAUAACUUCGACACAAAACUUGCCUUUUCAGGUCUUCGUGUAACAAUAGACUGUAAAACACCAGGUGGGCACUUCAAAACAAGAGGAUCAGGGGAGUUAGACGAAGAAGGAAAGUUCAAAGUGUCACUCCCUAAAGACAUCUUAGAUAAGGAAUCAAAACUUAAUGAAGAAUGCUAUGCACAACUCCAUAGUUCAUCAUAUGGACCUUGUCCUGCCCGUGAUGGCUUAGAGUCCUCUAAAAUACUCUCCCAAACCAUUAAACCCCCUUCUACCAAUGAUAACAAUGAUCAUAACAAAUACACUUUUGGACUAGCUAAGGGAAAACUCAAGUUCUCACCUAUAACAUGCGCUUCAGCCUUUUUUUGGCACCAUUUCCACAAAAAACACCCACUUUGUGCUCCUAAAACCCCUGAACAAGCCCCCCAAAAGCCCCCACCAGCACCAGCGCCAAAGAAAGAACUCCCUACUCCUUCCCCCCAAAAGAAGCCAAACCCUUCAAAAGAGAAAGCUCCAAAGAAAGAGCCUUGUCCUCCAAAAGUCAAUAAACCUCCAAAAAAAGAGGUCCCCAAGAAGAAGCCUUGUCCUCCCAAACCAGACAUAAAGCCUCUUCCACCAAGUGUUCCUGUCUAUAAUAAACCUCCAACACCAGUUUAUUACAAGCCCAAACACCCUUUUUUCAAGCACCCUUUUUACAAGCACCCUUUCUUUAAGCAUCCUUUCUUUAAGCAUCUCCCACCUUUCCCUAAGAUCCCUUAUCACCCUCUUUUCCCUAAGCUCAAGCUCCCUCCUUUCUUUGACCAUCCCAUGUUUGGAAAAACACCCGCCACCCAACAUCCUUAGUGUCGUUUUGCUUGUAAUUGGGGAUGAAGAUAUGUCGUUUUUUGGUGGAGCAUGUUCUCUUGUUGUUAUCCUAAUUAAUAAAGAUUGCCAAGCUCCAUAUAUAUAUUUUUAUUUUUUUUUAAGAAGAAAGUGACUUAAUGAGAGACAUAUAGAGUUGGGAUGAAGUUUUAGGGAAUAAUUGUGUUGAUUUUGAUUUUCAUUAUUUAGCUGGUUCAUUUGUGUGGAGUCAGAUUGUUCUUUAAUUAAUUAUAAUUAUAUUAUAUUUGUUGGGGGAUCUUUUUGGUUUUGUUUAUGUAAAGGUUUAAUGACAAAUGCUUAUGAAUUUGGAAUCAA